AUGUCUCAAAGGCAGCCUCACUCAACUAACCAGACUUUAAUUUCCAUCACAAAUGACACAGAAGCAUCAAGCUCUGUUGUCUCCAACGAUACCACUCAGAAAGGACGGACCGGAGACAACUCUCCAGGACUAGAAGCACUGUGUGCCAUCUAUAUCACUUAUGCUGUGAUCAUUUCAGUGGGCAUCCUCGGAAAUGCUAUCCUCAUCAAAGUCUUUUUCAAGACGAAAUCCAUGCAAACAGUUCCAAAUAUUUUCAUCACCAGCUUGGCUUUCGGAGAUCUGUUGCUUCUGCUGACGUGUGUGCCCGUGGAUGCAACCCACUACCUAGCAGAAGGAUGGCUGUUUGGAAAGAUCGGUUGUAAAGUGCUUUCCUUCAUCCGGCUCACUUCUGUCGGUGUGUCAGUGUUCACGCUAACAAUUCUCAGUGCUGACAGAUACAAAGCGGUCGUGAAGCCACUUGAGCGACAGCCCUCCAAUGCUGUUCUGAAGACUUGUGCAAAAGCUGGUGGCAUCUGGAUCAUGUCUAUGAUAUUUGCUGUGCCAGAGGCUGUAUUCUCAAAUGUAUACACUUUCCGAGAUCCUAACAGAAAUGUCACAUUUGAAUCUUGUAACUCCUACCCUGUCUCUGAGAGGCUCUUGCAAGAAAUCCAUUCUCUGUUGUGUUUCUUAGUGUUCUACAUUAUCCCGCUCUCGAUUAUCUCUGUCUAUUAUUCUUUGAUUGCCAGGACUCUUUACAAAAGCACCUUGAAUAUACCUACUGAGGAACAAAGCCAUGCCCGAAAGCAGAUUGAAUCCCGGAAGAGAAUUGCCAAAACAGUAUUGGUGCUGGUGGCUCUGUUCGCUAUCUGCUGGUUGCCGAAUCACCUCCUGUAUCUCUAUCACUCAUUCACUUACCGAAGCUAUGAGGAGCCCACUGACAUUCCUUUUAUUGUCACUGUAUUUUCUCGAGUGCUGGCUUUCAGUAAUUCCUGUGUAAACCCCUUUGCUCUCUACUGGUUGAGCAAGACCUUCCAGAAGCACUUUAAAGCUCAGCUCUGCUGCUUCAAAGCAGAACAGCCUGAGACUUCUCUUGGUGACAAUCCUCUUGAUAAUCUCACUGUGAUAGGGCGGGUCCCAGCUACUGGGAGCACACAGGUGUCUGAUAUUAGUGUGACCCUGUUCAGUGGCUGUAGCACCAAGAAGGCAGAGGACAAAGUUUAG